AUGAAUAUCUUUACGUGGAAUUGUAGGGGUGCGGGGAGUAAGCGUUUCUUAAGAGUCUUUAAGGAAUACCGGAGAAGAUAUCGUACGAGUAUUGCGAUUAUUGUAGAACCAAGAAUCAGUGGGGUCAGGGCGGUUCAAGUGGUCGAGGGGUUGGGUUUCGACAAGUACUUGAUCGUUGAUGCGGUAGGUUUUUCUGGAGGUAUCUGGCUGGUUUGGGACUCGACCAUUGCCACGAUCACAGAGGUAGACAGAUCGGCUCAAAUGCUCCUGGUUCAGGUUACGAUGAAAGAUGCUAGCUGGUAUCUAUCGGCUGUGUAUGCUAACCCAGCCCUGGUUCAGAGGCGGGCCCUAUGGCAGUCAAUUAGGGAGAUUGCUCAUACUAUGGAAGAUCCAUGGCUUCUUAUGGGGGAUUUUAACUCGAUUCUUCAACCGUCGGAUAAGUCUGGUGGGGCGCCGUUUGAUGCUAGUCGUGCGAAGGAAUUUCAGGACUGCGUUCUAGAUGCCGGGCUAGUGGAUUUGGGGUUUGCUGGUCCACCGUUUACGUGGUUCAAGCAAGGUGUGAAGGAAAGGUUGGACAGAGGUUUGGGUAAUGCUAAGUGGAUUGACAGAUUUCCUGAGGUAACUGUGCGACAUCUCCCCUGA